AUGCAGUCACUGCCAUCACCGUCGUCGCGAAUCGGUCUCUCAAUCUCCCGUCGAUUCCUCUCUUCCAACAGCCGAUCGCCCUUCACACUACCAAGAAACGCUUCCACCGGAGUCGCAAGCGUAACAACUGUAGCGAGCGCAGCAGGCGGCGCAGCAGACGGCACAGCAAGCGCCAGAGGUACCAGAUCGAUCUCGUCCGCGUGCUCGUCCGCUCGAUCUCCGCUUGCGUUUCCCGCACUGCGCUCCGCGACUUCCUCCGCGCUUUCCUCCGCGGCUUCUUCCGCUCGCCGCGGGAUGGCGUCGGAGCAAGCGCCUCCGCGCAACGUGCGGGUGAUGGCGGAAGCGGAUCGGGGGGCGGAACAACAGGCGGAGCGGAAGGGGGAGGCCCCCGGCGCAGCUGACAGAACGGCGGAGGAGAGGGGAGGCGGGGAGAGCGCGGGAAAGACGCACAAGUACACGAAUCGACUGGCUAAGGAGCAGAGCCCGUAUCUGCUGCAGCAUGCGCAUAACCCGGUACAUAUUUAUCCCUCCCUUCCGCGCACGUUGUCUUCCCCUCCGCACAGCUCCCCUCCGUGCACGUUAUCCUCCCCUCCGCACAGCUCCCCUCCACGCGCGUUGUCCUCCGUUCCGCACAGUUGUGGACAGGUAUCCGUGGGGAGAGGAGGCGUUUACACGGGCGCGGGAGGAGGGCAAGCUGAUAUUCCUGUCAGUGGGGUGGACUGGUACCCAUGGGGGGAAGAAGCGUUUGCGCGGGCGCGGGAGGAGGGGAAGCUGAUCUUUCUGUCAGUGGGGUACUCCACGUGUCACUGGUGCCACGUCAUGGAGGUGGAGUCCUUUGAGCGUGAUGACGUGGCGGACGUCAUGAACGACGGCUUCGUGAACAUUAAGGUCGACAGGGAGGAGCGCCCUGACGUGGACAAGGUCUACAUGACAUACGUGCAGGCAACGCAGGGCGGGGAGGGUGGCCCAUGUCCGUGUUCCUCCCCAGUCCUUGUCUACAUGACGUACGUGCAGGCCACACAGGGCGGGGGAGGGUGGCCCAUGUCGGUGUUCCUCACGCCCUCGCUGCACCCUGUCUUCGGUGGCACAUACUUCCCCCCAGACGACAAAUACGGCCGCAUCGGCUUUAAGUCUCUCCUUGGGGGGGGCAACUGGCCCAUGUCGGUGUUCCUCCCGCCCUCACUGCACCCCGUCUUCGGUGGAACUUACUUCCCUCCGGACGACAAAUACGGCCGCAUCGGUUUCAAGUCUCUCCUUGGGCGAGUUCGCUCCGUGUGGGAACAGCGGCGCAGCGAGGUGCAGAGCGGUGCAGAGGACGCAAUGGCACAGCUACAGGAGGCCAUGCAAGGGGGAGGGGCGGGUGGGGGGAAGGGGGCGGCAGAGCAGCAGCAGGGGGGAAAACAGCAGGAUCAAGAGGAGGAGCGGGUGUGGAAGCUAGCAGAGAAGGCGGUUCAACUGUGUUCAGAGCAGCUGGCCUCGCGAUACGAUGAGGACUUGGGGGGGUUUGGGUCCGCGCCCAAGUUCCCCCGCCCCUCCGAACUCAACGUGUUGCUGCGGGCUCACCUGCGGGGGGAGGGGGGUGAGCGGGGGAAGGGGGAUACGGGGGCGGGGCGGAGGGUGGUGAGGUGGAAGGGGCUGGGGCCGUUACAAAUGGUGGAGCAUACUUUGGAGUGUAUGGCAAGAGGGGGCGUGCAUGACCACGUGGGAGGGGGCUUUCACCGAUACUCUGUGGAUGAGUACUGGCAUGUCCCUCACUUUGAGAAGAUGCUAUACGAUCAGGGCCAGCUCGCCAACGCCUAUCUCGACGUGUUCCUCGUCACCGGCCGCAAGGAUUUUGCGCGCAUGGGGCGGGAUAUUUUGGACUAUGUGCGGCGGGACAUGUCACAUGGGGAGGGCGGCAUCUACAGUGCGGAGGACGCUGACAGCCUGGCGGCCGUUGGGGACGAGCGCAAGAAGGAAGGGGCGUUCUACGUGUGGAGUGAGAAAGAGAUUACGUCCAUCCUUGGCCCCUCCACCCCUCGCCUUCGCCUCUUCAACACACUCUACACGGUUCGCAAGGACGGCAACUGCGAUCUCUCUCCGCGCUCCGACCCGCACAACGAGUUCGCAGGGCUCAACUGCUUGAUCCAGCGCUGCUCGCUUUCUGACGCUGCUAAGACAGUUGGAGUGCCAGAGGAAGAAGCGGAGAAGAUGCUGGGAGAGUGCCGCAAGCUGCUGCAUGAAGCCAGGUGCAAGCGACCGCGCCCCCACCUGGAUGACAAGGUCAUAGUGGCAUGGAACGGCCUUGUGAUAUCUGCAUUCGCCCGAGCAGCUCGGAUCCUCCAAUCAGAGUCUGCCACGUCACCCCACUACUUCCCCGACGACGGAUCCCCGCCGUCCGUCUACCUCGCCUGCGCCGUCCGGGCGGCGACUUUCGUCCGGUCUAAGCUCUACGACCAGGAAUCCAAACGGCUGAGGAGAAGCUUCCGGGAAAGCGCAUCGGAGGUGUGGGGGUUUGCAGACGACUACGCCUUCCUGGUAGCUUCCUUGCUCGACCUGUUUGAAGCCUCGGGCGAUUCUGAUUGGCUGGCGUGGGCCAUGGAGCUACAGGAAACGCAGGAUCGCCUCUUCUGGGAUGAGCAGCAAGGAGCCUAUUUCAACACAGCGGAGGGCGACCCGUCGCUGCUGCUGCGCAUGAAAGAGGAUUACGACGGGGCGGAGCCCGCUGCCAGCUCAGCAGCAGCUGCCAGCCUGGCACGCCUAGGAGCCAUGAUUGGUGGGGAGAGGGGCGCAGAGUACCGCAGGAAAGCAGCGAGAUGCGUGACGGCCUUUGAGGACCGUCUUUCCCGCAUGCCGCUCGCGCUACCCCAGAUGUGCUGCUCGCUGGAUCUUCUCGCUGCCACGUCAUCGCCAGCUCAGCGCCAGGUCAUCAUUGCUGGCCCGAGGGACGCUUCUGAAACCGAGGCGCUGCUGAAUGGAGUGUUUUCCGUGUUUCAACCGAAUUGCACU